UUUGAAUGCAAACUUGCGUCAAUUCCUCGACUACUUCCUGCGCGUUCAUUUUAUUAUUUACGAGUCCACACAUAAAUGCACACGAAAAGUAAUCAAGAAUUAAAUAAAAUACUCCAAACAAUUACGAGCAUUCAUCACAGUCUCUCUCGCGGAAGUAUUUGACGUAUUCCGUACAAGAGCUAUAUAUAUAGGACGAUACUGAAUGACAUCAUAUGAUCGUAUUUACUUUAUUAAAAUCGGAAUGGAAGGAAUCAGCUGGAAGAGAAAGGGAGAGGAUAAAAUUUCAAAGUGGAAUUAAUUUAAUGCAACAAUUAUAUGUUUAACGGGACCCGAAUUCAUGCUCUUCCGCAUGUGGACGUAAAUAAACAUUCGGCUCGCGUGGUAGGUUCUGCCAAAGUGUCUGACACAAGUUUCAUCAAACGACGAAGAUGUCCGGCCCAAAACCAGAGGAGUUAGAUUGGGUGAAAAUACGAGAAGAUUUGGACAGCGAUUUUAUAGGCGAGACGAUAUUGGAAAAAGCGAAACGCAAAACACGAGAGAAUCCACUUGUUCCUAUAGGAGUUCUUGCAACAACAGCAGCACUGACUGUUGGACUUAUCAGCUUUACUAGAGGAAAAACACAGAUGCAACAAUAUAUGAUGCGUGCACGUGUUGGCGCUCAGGCAUUUACCAUCAUUUGUAUAGUUGCUGGAUUUAUUUUGAUACCCAGAUCAAAAUAAGAUAUUAUGUAACAUUAAUUUAUAUGAAUGCGAAUUAAUAUUUGCUAUAGUAUAUAAAAUACUUUUAUGUCACAUUAGAUUACAUUAGAUGCAAUAUGUAUUUGAGUAAAUAUUAUAUUGUUUUUCUUAAAUUAUAUUUGUGUAAAUUAGUACAUACAGUAUGGAUUGAGAAAAAACAUUCACAGUACCAUCUGUAAAUACAAAAAUAUAUUUUUAAUUGCAAUUAUUAAACCA